AUUCUAAAAAAAAUAUUAGUUGAGUACGUUCGCUUUUCUAUACGGAGAAAGUUUUGUUGACUUUUAUAUUUUAGUGAAUUUUGUUUAAUAUACAAAAAUGGCAGGAGGUAAAGCUGGAAAAGAUUCAGGAAAAGCAAAAGCCAAAGCAGUUUCAAGAUCAGCCAGAGCAGGUCUACAGUUCCCUGUAGGAAGAAUUCACAGACAUUUAAAAAGUCGAACUACCAGUCAUGGAAGAGUCGGAGCUACAGCAGCAGUAUAUUCAGCAGCAAUUUUAGAAUACUUAACUGCAGAAGUUCUUGAACUGGCUGGAAAUGCAUCAAAAGAUUUAAAAGUAAAACGUAUUACCCCUCGCCAUUUGCAAUUAGCUAUUCGUGGUGACGAAGAGUUGGACAGUCUAAUUAAAGCAACUAUUGCUGGUGGUGGUGUUAUCCCACAUAUUCAUAAAUCUUUGAUUGGCAAAAAAGAGGACAUCGCCAGAGCUAAUGAGUAAAAAAUGGUACAUAAAUCAACAAGUUAUCCAAAAGUUUAAUGCAUUUUUUUUUUUAUUCCAUAUGAUCUUUGUCAAUUUUACUGUAAAUAAAAUAAUUUUGUAGAAAAUAAUAAGUAAAUCUUUAAAUAUAAAUUUAAUUUAAAAGUUUAUGGAAUUGAAAAAAGUUUCAAAAUUAAAUUUUACUCUUUUUUAAUUGAAUUUCUAUUGAAUUCCCAUUUGAUUUUCUAUUUUUAAUCUACUUCUUAAUAUCAAAUCGGUUUUUUUUUUCAUAAAUAAUUUUUUAUAUUUAAUUCUAGCAACUUUAAUAGUUUUUGACAAAUUUUAUUGCAAUUGGAUUUCCAAAAAAAAAAAAAGGAAAUAAUCAUUCUGACAUCGUUAGAUAGAAGUAAGAAAAAUAGGAUAAGACAAAAUUAUUUCAAUAAAAAAAUGAUUUAACUUUAUCAAUGAAAGUUUACUUACAAUAAAUUUAUUGUAAUUUAUAUGUAAAUGAAAAAAAUGCCAAAAUCAAAAUUUCGAUUUUCAAAAUGUAAAUUAUUUU